UCAAAAAAUAAAAGAAAUUUAAAAAACAAACAAAACAAUUUUCUUCUUCCAACUCAUUUCCCCCGCCACAGCUGCAAGUCCUGUGUCCUUCGCCAGCCCUUUAUCAGUCCCGUGUCUUUCCGACCGCCGUCGCCUUCAGUACCGUUUCCUAUCCGCCCUCUUCCGUCGCUACUGCCCGUGUUACGCCGUCGCUGCUACUCGCUGUUGCCGGUGGUUUGAUUUGAUUGGAUUUGGUUUAAAGAAACCAGAAUAUUGUGCCCAGAGCUUUAGCCUACGAACUGAGACUUAUAAUAUGACCCACUCCUGUUCCAUACUAUGGUAGUAAAGACGUUUAUUUUUUAACAGAAGAGGCAGUUUUCCUUCAAAUUUUCUAGCAUUUCUCUAAUUUUCUUUCCGCCCAAAAGUUGUUGGUUUUUGUUUUCUCGUUGUUCUGAAUUCCGAUAUUUUGCUUCUCAAUUUUAGAAGACUCUUGGUUUCAGGUACUUAAGGAAUUUUUUUAAAAUAAAUUUUACUUGAUAGAGUAUUAUUGUAGUUGUCUUUAACACCGUGUCUUCAAGCUGCUCGACGAAAUACCUAAACUAAGUACCAGUUGCUUGAUAAGGAAAAUUACCCGAUCAUAAAUGGAUAGCCACCGCCAGGAUAAAAUACAGAAAUUUGAAGAAUUUGUUGAUGGCCGCUUGAAACCUGGUCUUGUUCAAGCUAUUGCUCAAAGGGACAAGGUCUUUGAAGAACAAAAAGUAUUCUCGGACUUGCGAAGGAAUAUUGAGAAUUUAGAGAAAAAUAGUGUAACCAGUUUAAGGACGUUGGUUAAUAUUGGCUCUGAAGUCUACAUGCAAGCCGAUGUCCCAGAUACACAGCGCAUAUUUGUAGACAUCGGACUAGGAUUCCAUGUAGAAUUUACCUGGUCUGAAGCAUUGAAUUAUAUAUCAUUAAGAGAGGAAAAGAUAGCCAGGCAAAUAGAAGAGUACACUAACCAAAUUGCAUCAAUUAAAGCUCAGAUCAAGCUGGUUUGUGAAGGAAUUCGGGAGUUGCUCCAACUUCCAGCUGAGAAACCCUUACCAGAGCGGGUUUUUUAACAUUAAAAAAAUUAUAUGUACGCCACAACUACUUCGGUUAAUUCAAUAUCGGCAUUGUCCAUGAGAAGACAUGGUUGAUAAAAGGAAAUUCAACUACUUUAUGUAAAGUCCUAAGGAUAACAAUUUUUGUACAUCUUUAUUGUACACUCUGGAGGUCUUACUGCUGCCUUAUGCGGUUGCCUGUUCAUGGGCCGGGCUCAUAUGGGUUCAGGCAGCAUCCAAUCCAGUCUUAACUUUUUUACAUGGAAAUCCAAGCUUAGUCCGAGUCUGGUCCGUGUUUA